AUGGAGGCCACACCAACAACAACGAUAGCAACCACAACAGCAACAUCAACUUCAUCACCACCGUACGACGCUGGUGGUGCACUCGACAUCCCUCCUUCGACCACCGCCUCGACUAUCGAAGUUAGCAUCCAUGGUUUUGACUCCAACGAAAAGUCCAUUGGAUGCAUCUUGGAAGCACUGGACAACACGAUCGUCGCCACCGCCUUGCCCCAAAUCUCCUCCGACUUCAACGCCCAAUCUCAGAUGGCAUGGAUCGCAACCGCAUACCUUCUCGCAUACACCGCCUUCCAAUCCCUCUACGGUCGCUUCUCCGAUAUCUUUGGCCUCAAGACCAUGUACCUCGGUGCCAGCGUCAUCUUUCUCAUCGGAUCCAUCGGCUGUGGUGCCGCUUCGUCUAUGAUCAUGCUAAUUAUUUUCAGAGCCGUCCAGGGAAUCGGUGGAGCAGGAUUGUUGUCGAUCAUGAUGAUCAUGGUUUCGGUCAUGUUUGACGACAUCAAUGAGCGCGCCCGAUACCAGACUCUGGGAUGGUGUUUCUACAUGAACAUCCCCAUCGGCGUCUUUGCCGUGCUCCUCGUCUUCAAGUUCUAUCAGAUCCCCUUUGAGCGCACCGAGACCUUGCAGAAGAAGCUGAGAAGAGUCGACUACUUCGGAGUGUUGAUCACCAUCGGUGCUGUCUUGUGUCUACUUCUGCCACUGAACUGGGGUGGUACCGCCUACGCCUGGAACUCUGCCGUCAUCAUUUCGCUCUUCUUCGUCAUGGGCGUCUUGAUCAUCGUCCUCGUCUUUGCCGAACAGCGUGCUGCAGAGCCCAUCAUCCCUAUGUACCUCUUCCUCAAUCGUGAAGUCGCCCUCCUCGUCACCGUCAACUUCCUCACCGGACUCAUCUUUAACGGCUGUGGCUUCUACAUACCCCUCUACUUCCAAGUCGUCCAAGGCACAUCCGUCACCGACUCGGGUCUCCGUCUCAUGCCUGCUGUCCUUGGCGCCGUCUUCUCAACCGGCUCAUCCGGCUUCCUUCUCGCCAAAGUCAAAGACUACCGCCGUUUCAUCACCCUUGGCGCUGCAACCCUCACCCUCUCCGUCGGUCUCUUUAUCAUGUUUGAUGAGAAUACCUCUCUCGCAAAGCAACUCAUCUUUGUCCUCAUCAUGGGACUUGGUCAGGGAUUCAUCUACCAGAACUGUGUCCUCGCCUGUCAGGAUUGCACCGAAGCCAAGGACAUGGCCGUCGCUACUGGAUUCGUCGUCUUUAUCAACAAUAUCGGAAACGCCGUCGGUGUCGCCGUCUGUGCCUCUGUCAUCAACAACUCGCUUACCACCACUCUUGCAAAACUCCCAGAGUCCAGUCAAGCUGUGUUCCGCGAGUUGAACGUGAUUGAGAACAUCAAUGUGAUCUUCACGUUGCCUGAAGCGUUGAAGGCGGAGGUUGUGCAUGCGUAUGCGUUGUCGUUCAGGACGCUGUUUACUAUACUGACGCCGAUGAUCGGACUUGGGUUCGUGUUGUCGCUUUUUGUUAGACGCAGAGGAUCCCUUGCCAGGAAGGAGUAA